AUGGGUGACUAUAAACCAGAACUGGAAGCAGCUUCAGUGCCUACCCCGCCCGAGAAGCAGGUCGACACCACUGGCAUCAAACCAUCCAGCGGAGUCCUUUACCACCAGCUACGAAAUGAGCCCUUGAACAUUGUCGGUGGUCGAGGCAGCUACCUGAUAACUGAGGAUGGUCUCGAAAUUCUGGAUGCAACAUGUGGUGCGGCUGUAUCCUGUCUGGGUCACAGCGACGAGCGUGUCCACGAAGCCAUCCUGGACCAGUUAAAGAAAGUCCCCUACUGCUAUUCCAUGUUUUUCACCAACAAUGCUGCGGAGAGUCUGGCAAAAUUCCUGGUAGACUCAACUGGAGGCGAGAUGUCUCGUGCCUACAUUGUGAGCUCGGGCACCGAAGCUGUCGAGGCUGCUGUGAAGAUGGCCAUUCAGUAUUUUACGGAGUUGCCCGUUCCUGAGCCCCAGCGGGUUAACAUCAUUUCUCGAAAGUCGUCCUACCACGGAAAUACCCUCGGGUCACUUGCUGUUGGAUACCACGCCUCCCGGCGGAGGAUCUAUGAGAGUCUUCUUUCGAAGAAUAUUCACCACGUGAAUCAAUGCUAUCCCUACCGCAGAAUGAAUGCGAACGAAAGCACCGAAGACUACGUUGCAAGACUAGCCCAAGAACUGGAGGACGAAUUCCAAAGACUUGGCCCCAGCACUGUCUGUGCAUUCAUAGCCGAGACAAUGCCCGGUGCUACCCUUGGCUGUGUUCCCCCGUUGCCUGGAUACCUCAAAGCACUCAAAGCCGUCUGCGAGCGACAUGGAGCACUCUUCAUUCUAGACGAAGUAAUGUCCGGCAUGGGCCGCACCGGAACCCUCCAUGCCUGGGAGCAAGAAGACGUCAUCCCUGACCUCCAAACAAUUGCCAAAGGACUUGGUGCUGGCUAUGCCCCAAUUGCCGGAUUGCUCGUCAACAAGCACGUCGUCGAUACUCUGAGUAAGGGCACCGGCGCUUUUGUCCACAGUCAGACAUACCAGGGACACCCCGUUGCCUGUGCGGCUGCAUACAAGGUGCAGCAGAUUAUACAAGAGGAUAAUCUGCUGCCGAACGUACGAGCGAUGGGAGAGUAUCUGGGUCAGCUUCUUCACGAGCGUCUGGAUAGUCACCCUCAUGUUGGUGAUAUUCGAGGCAGAGGUUUGUUCUGGGCUAUGGAAUUUGUUCAGGAUAAAGAGACGAAAGAGCCAUAUCCGCCUUCAAAGGCGCUUUCUCGGACUCUACACGCCACAGGUCUCAAGCCCGAAUAUGCGAUUUCAUUGAUGCCAGGAAAUGGGGGUAUCGAUGGUACUAAUGGUGAUCAUAUUAUCCUGGCACCGCCUUAUAAUACUACCCGUGAGGAGAUUGACUUGAUAGUCGACCGAACUGUUCGGGUUAUUCAAGAGGUUCUGGGAUAG